GAGAGGGGAGGGGGCAGAUGAAGGGACAGAUGCUGUCCCCUAUCGGGCAGGAGGAGCAAGGGGUGAACCCUAGAGGGCAGCCCUGUCCUAACUACGGGCUCAACGAGACUGAGUUCCUAGUCGUCGGUUUCACCGAGCACUACUGGAGGAAGACGGUCGAGAUCCGCUCCCUUGAGGGGAGGGUGCUGGGCAUUGUGAAGCGCGGCUGCCCGGCAUGGACCAACUCGUUCGUGUGGAAGGUGCCGCAGGAGCACGCGUCCGGUUGCAGAGACCACGUGGACCCGAGCGUGUUCUCGUCCAAGUGUCAGAUGCCUGAGACCGAAGUCCUCUACACUGAUGAGUUCUCCGGGCUGCUCAACCCCGCGAGCGUGAAGAUCAUGGACUGCCAUGACGAUCAGAUCUUCACCCUGUACGAGGAGCAUCGGGAGGUCAUCGUGCACGACUACAAGAUCCACUCCGACUUCGUCGUCCAAGACCUCAACGGUAACGUCAUGGGCUACUGCAGGCAGGAUCAGCUCCCGCACGCCAAGGCCGAACGGUCCCUCGUCCGCGUCGGACAGCACAACUUCACCAUCGUUGACCUUGAGGGGGAGGCGGUCGCAAGCGCCAUUCGUCCUCUUCACUGGCCCAACGGGGCCACGGAGCAUGCCUGGCAUGUCACCAUCCAUCGCGAGUCGAUCCCCCUGACUCUGAGCGACGUUCGGAUCGUCGCAGUGGCGGUCGUGAACAACGUCCUGCUGCACGAGGAGGACGACUGGUGCUCGGACAUCGUCUUUGCGCUCACUCCCAUCCUCCUCACCCUCACCGCCAUCGCCAUCAUCGCCGCUCUCUCCACCUGCUACUCGUGGGCGAUGGUCUCGGGUAGAGGGUAAGAACUCCGUCAGUAACUCGUUCAGUUUGUCUCAAGUCACGCAAGUAUUAAGAUGUUCGCAUAAAGUUACGUGCGAGCCA